AUGCCAAAUUUAAAUAAAUUAUUAAAAAAUGAAUGUGAAAAAAGACUUCAAAAAGUUCGUGAAAAUGAUAUGGCAACUCGUUCAUUACCAAUCUAUUUAGCUAUUCAAUCAAAUAUUCCUGUAACUAAUCUUCAAUCAUCUAUGUUAUCAUCAUUAAAUGAUUAUUCAAAAGUAAUAAUAUCAAUAAAAGAUAAAACUAAUUUAUAUAAAGGUCUUGAUUGA